AUCUCCUCAAACAGACAUGGCGGAUGUUGAUCCAGAGACCGCGGCAGGACAGCCAAAGAAGAGAACGUUCAAGAAGUUCAGCUUCAGGGGUGUUGAUCUUGAUGCUCUCCUUGACAUGUCCACUGAUGAGCUUGUCAAGCUCUUCCAUGCCCGAGCUCGCAGAAGGUUCCAGCGGGGUUUGAAGAGGAAGCCCAUGGCUUUGAUCAAGAAGCUGCGUAAGGCGAAACGUGAGGCCCCACCUGGUGAGAAGCCUGAAAUUGUCAAAACUCACUUGCGAAACAUGAUCAUCGUCCCUGAGAUGAUCGGGAGUGUCAUUGGAGUGUACAAUGGCAAGACCUUCAAUACAGUUGAAAUUAAACCUGAAAUGAUAAGUCACUAUCUUGCUGAGUUCUCAAUCUCAUACAAGCCAGUCAAGCAUGGCAGACCCGGCAUUGGUGCCACCCACUCUUCAAGGUUCAUUCCUCUGAAAUGAGAAAUCUACCAUCAUUUUAGAAAUACAAGAGAGAUUUUGUUCGUCAGGAUCACCUAUGUUAUGUUACUUUCUUCGUACUCUUGUGCUCAAUUAGUUCCUGUUUCAUCUGUCGCCGUUUUCCAUCGGACAGGAAUGUUUAAACUGCCGUUAUUUUGAAUGUUUGAUGACAAGUUGCUUAAUUUGUUUGGAAAGAGAUCUCUGUGUUCAAUUGCA